UUUUAUUAAAAAUUUAUAAUAUUUAUAUACAACGAUUUACGGAAAGUUGUCGGGAUUUAUACUUAUCGAAUGCCAAAGUUUUCACUCAAAUAAGCGUUUGGAUUGUAUUUUAUCUGUGAGGAAUUUUUACCUUUCAGUCACGAUGUCGUCAAUAGUAGAACAGCCUUGCUACACUCUGAUCAAUAUUUCUAGCGACUAUGAAAUGCCCAACGAAAUGCAACUCAAGUCAGAUCUUGAAAAAGGUGAUAGCAAAACAAAAAUUGAAGCAUUGAAAAAAGUCAUUUAUAUGAUAGCCAAUGGAGAACGUUUGCCUGGACUUUUAAUGAUAAUAAUCCGUUUUGUCUUACCGUUACAAGAUCAUACAAUUAAAAAACUACUUUUAAUAUUUUGGGAAAUAGUACCGAAAACUACACCUGAUGGAAAACUUUUACAGGAAAUGAUAUUAGUCUGUGAUGCAUAUCGAAAGGAUUUACAACAUCCAAACGAAUACUUAAGAGGGUCGACACUUAGAUUCUUGUGUAAAUUGAAAGAACCUGAGUUAUUAGAACCUUUGAUGCCUACUAUACGUGCUUGUCUUGAACACCGUCAUUCCUAUGUAAGACGUAAUGCUGUAUUAGCAAUAUUCACUAUUUAUAGAAACUUUGAAUUUUUGAUACCGGAUGCUCCUGAACUUAUUGCUAAUUUUCUUGAUGGGGAGCAAGAUAUGUCUUGCAAACGUAAUGCUUUUAUGAUGUUGCUACACGCUGACCAAGAUAGAGCGCUUACAUAUCUGGCUUCUUGUCUGGAUCAAGUAGCUUCUUUUGGUGACAUUUUGCAACUAGUUAUUGUAGAACUCAUAUAUAAAGUAUGUCAUGCAAAUCCUUCAGAACGAUCCCGUUUCAUACGYUGUAUUUACAAUUUACUUAAUUCUAGUAGCCCAGCUGUUCGUUAUGAGGCUGCUGGAACAUUGGUCACCUUGUCAAAUGCACCUACUGCCGUUAAGGCUGCAGCUUCUUGUUAUAUUGAGUUGAUUGUAAAAGAAAGUGAUAACAACGUAAAACUAAUUGUUUUGGAUCGUUUAAUUGCUCUCAAAGAACACCCUUCACAUGAAAGAGUGCUUCAGGACUUGGUCAUGGAUAUACUAAGAGUAUUAUCCAGCACUGAUUUGGAAGUUAGAAAGAAAACAUUGAAUCUGGCUAUGGAUUUGGUAUCAUCACGUAAUAUUGAGGAAAUGGUGUUUGUGCUCAAAAAUGAAGUGGAAAAAACCCAUAAUUUAGCUGAACAUGAAGAUACUGGAAAGUAUAGGCAAUUAUUGGUGCGCACACUGCAUACGUGUUCUAUUAAGUUUCCAGAUAUAGCUGCAACUGUGAUCCCUGUACUCAUUGAAUUCUUGUCAGAUAGUAUAGAAUUAGCUGCCACAGACGUUAUGGUAUUUUUGCGUGAAGCAAUUUAUCUCUUUGAAUCAUUACGUCCUCUCAUAAUUCAGCGUCUAUUAGAAGUUUUCCAAUCUAUUAAGUCUGCCAAUGUGCACAGAGCUGCAUUAUGGAUACUUGGUGAAUUUGCCAACUCACAAGAAGAUAUUGAAGCAACAAUUGAACAAAUAAAAACAUCACUUGGAGACAUGCCCUUGGUUGAAGAUGAGUUGAAGAAAGCAGCUGGAGAUUCAGAAAACAUUGAAGAAUUUGGGUCUAGUGGUUCACAGUUGGUUACAUCUGAUGGUACAUAUGCUACUCAAUCAGCAUUUAUUAUAAAUACUCCUCGUAGUAAUCAGGCAAAACGACCCCCAUUACGCCAGUAUCUAAUUGAUGGGGAUUUCUACAUUGGUGCAGCAUUAGGCACUACAUUCACUAAAUUGGGCAUUCGAUAUGCUGGAAUUUGGGAAGAAAAAGAUUCAAUAAAGGCUAAUCAAUUUUGUGUUAAACUUAUGUUAAUUUUAACUUAUAUUUUGAAGCUUGGAAAAUCAGGGGAUGGCACUCAGUCUUGGUGA